UUUAGUUUGGUACUUCUAUCACUCAAAAUUGUCGGGAUGGAUCCGAGUAUUUACGAUCCUAGAUUAUACAUUCAAGGCGGACCGCGAGAAACCGAUUUGUUGGAUGAGCAACCUUACCAUCGGUCUGAAAGUGUUUGGGCGGCAGAUCCGGAACAACUUGACGUAAUCACCCAUCGGUCGCUAUCUCGCUUGCCUAAAUGGGAUGAUCGUAUCGAGCCCUUCAUUGAAAGAGCGCGAUUGCUGAGGGUGCGAAAGUUUGUGGGGAUGGAGAUGGACAACAACCUUCUUACG